AUAUAAACAGAAAAAAAAAUUUGAUAAAAAAUAAAAUUGGAAAGUAAGGAAUGCCAAUUCAAAGCCACAACACGAAACGAUUUUUUAAUUUGACAGAAACACGAUUCAAUCUGGUACAUAAGUUUUACAAUAUAAUUAGUUGAAAAUUUGAAAAAAAAAAUAUUUACAAUUAAUUGUAUUAUGAAAUUUAAGGUACGGAACCAUGUUUCCAGCACACUAAUAAAUUUCUUCCACAACCGUUGCUAAUGCUGUUACAUUGUUAUUGGUUUUUCUUUCCUUAUUUAUCGAAUCUGAAAUCUGUUACUUUUCCAUCAUUCUAUAAAUAAUAAUAUUAUUAUUAAUUUAAACAAGAGAAAAAAAAGGGUGAUAGGAAUUUUCAGAUGUGGGAAAUUUUAAAUGGAUAUUGGUUUCGAUAUUUGUAAUGAGCUACGAAGCUCUGGCUCUGCAUUUGCAUGGAAAAACAGUUGAUUUUUGGUGAUCAAUUGUGUUAAAAAAAUUUAGUUUCAUUGCAUUUUUUUAAAAGAUGUCAUUCAAAAAGCGGGAAAGCACAACAGAUAAAGCAUUGUCCCAUGAAGAGCAGCUGGCCAAGAUUUAUGAGGUGAGGAAGAUGAUGGGUCCUAUUGCGGAUAGGCUGCCAGCCAUUUGUUCAGAAGAUUCAAUAUCAAGGUACCUAAGAGCGCGGAACUGGAAUACGAAGAAGGCAGGCAAGAUGCUCAAAGAAACUAUAAAAUGGAGGUCGGAGUUCAAGCCCGAGAAGGUCCAAUGGGUAAGCAAUGCGCCUGAAGACAUUGCUCAAGAAGCGGAGACAGGAAAAAUGUACAGAGCCAAUUACUAUGACAAGUUUGGAAGGACAGUUCUUAUCCUGAGGCCUGGUUUUCAGAACACGAAUGCAGUAAACAAGCAGAUUAUGUAUUUGGUAUACUGCAUGGAGAAUGCCAUUCUGAAUAUGAGUUCAGAUCAGGAACAGAUGGCGUGGCUAAUCGAUUUUCAACAGUGGAACACAUCAAGCAUAUCGUUGAAGGCGACUAGGGAAACAGCAAAGAUCCUGCAAAAUCAUUACCCUGAGAGAUUGGGAAUUGGCAUCCUCUAUAAUCCACCAAAAGUAUUUGAGUCCUUUUGGACGAUGGUAAAACCAUUUCUUGAGCCGAAAACACACAAGAAGGUGAAGUUUGUGUACUCGGACAACCCGCAGAGCAAGAAGGUAAUGGAAGAUCUUUUCAACAUGGACAAGUUGGAAUCUGCAUUUGGUGGAAGAAGUUCAGGUGGUUUUGACUAUGAAGCUUACGGACAAAGAAUGCGAGAAGAUGACAAGAAAAUGUCUAGUUUCGUUGACUCUGGCUGUUCGUCAGCUUACUCACCAUCAAUCAUGUCUGAGUUGCAGCGGUCGGAGUUGUCUUCUGACCAAUGUUCCGAGGCCUCUGAUGAAGGCGGUUGCUCGUCGUGCGACAAAGCAGCUUCGUCGAACGUGGAGGUUGCCAAUGAGAAGGUACAAGGACAACCGCACGACAGCAAAGAUGUUGCAAAUGGCAACACAAAAGUAGGUGUAUGAUGAGCAGUAGAUUUUAGGAUUUGGUUUUACAGCUCCUUUUCUACACUCUUGGUUAAAAAGUGAAUAUAGCCUUCAACGAAGCACCAUUUAAUGAUCAAUACUUACACUGAGAUUGGAAUUUUGGGAAUGUGAUGCCUUGAAACCCACAUCAGCAAUGUACUAAUAAGAUAUUUAUACAAAUACUGACUUGAGCGUCGGGGUACUUUUCGUAAGUUCUCUCAUUUUAUUGAUCUUUGGGGAAGUGAUGUUUGGAGUUUGAAACCCACAUCAGCAAUGUACUAAUAAGAUAUUUAUACAAAUACUGACUUGAGCGUUGGGGUACC